UUUCUUCUCCCUAGCAGGCUUGCAUCUUCUUCUCCAUGGGAUCAUCUUCCAUGGCUGCUAAGAGAAACUAAGGACCUCCAAAACAUUUUCAGGGCUGUCAUGGGGUCGUCUGACCCCAUUGACUCCAUGGUGGAUCCGCCUUUGCUCCGAAGUCUUUUGAAAUGUCUUAAUUAUGGUCCCAAUGGUCUUAUGAAAUGUCUUAUUUCUGUCAAUUAGCAAUGCAAAAGCAGCACACUCAAAAUAAACAAGUUGCUGCACCAUACCAUCAGCUGACACGUACACGUCACCACUUGUCCCCACCCAAUAUUUAUGAUAAAACUAUAAAAGCCCAUUGAUAGAUGAGAGAGAGAGAGAGAGAGAUCAGAAUCAGAAAUGGGUAGCAGAGACAGAGAGAGAAGAUGGUCUCUUGAGGGAUUGACUGCUCUUGUUACUGGAGGAACCAAAGGGAUUGGGCACGCUAUAGUGGAAGAAUUGGCAGGGCUAGGUGCAACUAUUCAUACUUGUGCUCGGAAUGAAGUUGAUCUCAAUGACUGCUUGAGCCAAUGGGAGAAGAAGGGUUUUCAAGUCACUGGUUCAGUGUGUGAUGUGGUGUCAAGAGCCCAAAGAGAGGAGCUUAUAAACAAAGUCUCAUCUUUGUUUGAUGGAAAACUUAACAUCCUUAUAAACAAUGUGGGAACAAGCAUACUAAAACCAACGAUGGAGUUCACAGCUGAAGAUUAUACCUUUCUUAUGAGUACCAAUCUUGAAUCUGCUUAUCACUUCUGCCAACUUGCACAUCCUCUGCUCAAAGCUUCAGGGGCCGGUAACAUUGUUUUUCUGUCUUCUGUUGCUGGUGUGGUUUCGGUGGAAGUUGGAUCUGCAUAUUCUGCCACUAAAGGAGCAAUAAAUCAAUUAGCCAAAAACUUGGCAUGUGAGUGGGCAAAAGAUAACAUAAGGAUUAAUAGUGUUGCACCUUGGUUCAUCAAAACUCCCCUCGCUGAACAUUUUCUCAGCGACGAAUUUUUUUUGAAGAUCAUCAACUCUCGAACACCAUUAGGACGCCCUGGAGAGCCAGAAGAGGUGUCAGCCUUGGUGGCAUUUCUAUGCCUACCCGCAGCCUCUUACAUAACUGGCCAAACUAUUUGCGUUGACGGAGGAAUGACUGUCAAUGGCCUCCUCUUCCAAGGAGCAUGACUUGGAAAUGGUUCUCUUUAAUAAAGUGGGUGUGUUGUAAUUUUAGUUGGCAUCAAUGUUGUAAUAAAUGAUAAGAUGAUGAAUGAUCAUUUGGCAUCAAUUUUAUGUAAUUUAUUUUUCGUCCGUUUUUGGACAAUUAAUGUACCAUCAUCUACAUUGGCCAGGCCA